AUGGCACGAUGCCGUUGGCGGUGGCGGCGGGUGCUCCUGUGCCUGUGCUGUGCUCCCUGUGUCCUGGUGGGGUCUCUCUGUGUGUACAUCACCCUGGCUGUGUGUUAUGGUACUACCACCACCACAGGCCCAGGCAGCGCUGCCCCUAUCCCACAAACUCUACCAGAGUUCUUCAUUGCAUCAGGGCUUACCAGAAAUGGCUCCCUGGCCCCCCACCCCACCAGCUCCUUCUGGGACCCCAAGCCCCACGGAGGGGCCCUCUGGAACCUGCUCCAGCUACACAUUGACCGCCAUUACAACCCCAUCCUGAUGCCCAAAUCCAGCAAAGAGCACAAUGACAUUGAUACCAGUAAUAAUAAUAAUAAUAAUAAUAAUAAUAAUACAAACUAUUUGCGGUUUUCCCUCCCCACCUUGAGUGCAGGGUUCUCUGAGAUCGGGAACUUGACAUCACAAAUGGAGGAUUUCCAGGAGCUGCCCCUGCAGAUGCAGAUGUUUGUGCGCUCUAUGCACUUCAGGGACUACCCUGUCCUCAUUGAGCCUGCUAAUCUGUGUGGGCGUGGGCUAAGGAAGGGGCAGGGCCUUCUCCUACUGCUGGCCAUCAAGACCCAGGGCCUGAACUUUGAGAACCGCCAGGCCAUCCGGCAGACAUGGGGCUGGGCGGGGUGGGUGGCAGGGGCGACGGGGAAAGGCGGGGUGGUGCGGAGGGUCUUCCUCCUGGGGAAGAACCACGCAGAGCCCCGGGUGAACGUCAGUGAGCUGCUGCAGCUGGAGAGCCGCCACUACGGUGACAUCCUCCAGUGGGACUUCCACGACUCCUUCUUUAACCUCACCCUGAAGGACGUGCUGCUGUGGGACUGGCUGUCUGCCCACUGCCCCCUGGCACGCUUCAUCUUUAAAGGGGAUGACGACGUCCUGGUGCAGACCCCCGCUCUCUUAGACUACCUCCGGGAGCAGACGAUCCAGUCAGGGGGGCCCGGGUCAGAGGGUAUGAAGGGAUUCAUGGUAGGGGAUGUGAUAGGAGCGGCCAUCCCCAACAGAGUCAACUUUACCAAGUACUUUAUUCCUGCAAGUUUCUAUAAGGGGCUGUACCCUCCGUACGGGGGUGGGGGAGGUGUGGUGUACUCAGGGGAGCUGGCCCUGCGGCUCAACCGUAUCUCCCGGAGAAUUCACCUGUACCCCAUUGAUGACGUCUACGUGGGCAUGUGCCUCCACAGGCUCGGGGUCCAACCCAUCCACCACCCCGCCUUCCUCACCUUCGACUUCCCCGAGAAAGAGGGGGAAGAGCGUUGUGCGUACCACACUAUCUUACUGGUACACAAACGCAGCCCUGCUCAGGUGAUGAAGCUGUGGUCAGAGAUCAUGAGGAACCAGACAGAGUGCAGCAACACCAUCCUGAGAAUGGAGGAGAAAAACACUUCUGAUAGAUCCGUUGUGUAA